AUGCAUCUGAGAAGCAAGACUCACGAAUUUUUCAUUGCACAGAGGCCAGGCUGCGUCCACGGCGAGGAUCUGCCGUAUUUUUUCGGCGCACCGUUGGUAGGUGGCCUGUCUCAUUGGCCGAAGAACUACACGAGGGCAGAGGUCGCCCUCUCCGAAAGCGUGAUACUCUAUCUGACGAAUUUCGCACGCACCGGAAAUCCGAACGAGGGGAUGCCAGACGUAGGACCGUUGAGACCCGAGAGAACAAAGUUCAAGAACAUUGAUUGGAUCGCUUACGAAUCGGUGCACAAGAAAUACCUGAGCAUAGGUGAGGCUGAAAUUGAGUUUCGACCCCCCGCCCUGAACUUUUCGAUUGAUUGUCAGUCACCAGGCAUUUCGAAGGUGGAAAGGUUUUCCCGUUUGUUGAUUUUAAUUAGAAAAAGUUUCGUUCAAGUUGUUCCAUUUCGUUGGAAUAUUGGUAAGAGAGUGUACAUGUAACUCUGAGCUUUAAUUUUAUUUAACAAUGAACCAUCGAAACCGCUGCAUUUCCUAUUUCAUUUUAAAUUAUGCGUGUAAUAAUUAAUAUUUAUGUAAUCUUCUGUUAUUUUAUCGCUUCGUAUCUAAUACUACAAUUAUUCCUCUUCAUUCCAAUUCGGUAUGAUUUUAAUUUAAUUAUCCAGUUGAAGGUCAAAUAACAAGUCUAAUGAAUAAAGAAACGAACAAACACUGA